AUGGACCCUUCUGUGCGUUACCGGCCUGGGUCGCCGAGCGGCCACCGCAUGGUUGAUCCCAUGCGUGCCUCGACCGGAACGGUGCCAUUAAGCUCUUCUUACGGCCUCUACGAAUCAUCCGCUAGCCGUCUGGGAUACACUGGUUAUCCUUCAGAUGUCCCAUACAUGGGUGGCUACACUCCUCGAAUGUCGCACGAGCCCAGACUCGAGGUCCAGCCCAUUUCUUCUACCACAUACCGCGAUCCCGGCCACUCCACCAAGUUGAGGACCGAAUAUGCAAUCCGCCCGAGACCGCGCAGUAGUACCACUUCCGCUGCAGAUACCCAUCAUAGCCCCGCGCGGCUCGGCGUGCCUUCUCCCGUCAGUCGACACUCCCCCGUCGUCGCCACGAGCCACCGCCGGUCACCGAGUCCUCUACCAAACCACGGCCCCUACCUCGUUCCCGCAUCCUCUUCUCGCCACGGUCGGCAUCACAGUCGAUAUUACCCGAUGGACUACGCGAGUGAUACCGGUCGGAUUGAGCCGCACGACCGACGAAUGAAAAUCCGAAUGAGCCAUGGGGGCCACCGAGACUACGAUCACGGUCACCGUCCGCGCUAUCCAGCUCCAGGAGGCUUCCGGAAAGGGGAGGACAUCGAUGACUACGAUGCUUACUCUUACACGAACCCCAGAGAGCAGUUCGAGAAGGAAUCGGUUGCCCGGUUGAAUCAUGGCCGAUCGGCCUAUAGCAGCAGGGAGAGGCCGCUGAGCCUGACUGGGCCUGACGACCCUCAACUGCUUCCAAGGAAGGACCCUCGAGCCCUGGGCCCCCCACCCUCGCAUAGAGGGUUCGACAAGGUUGAUCGUGACGCGAGAUCCCGGCAGUCAGGAUAUGGAUCUGUCGGCAGCGAUGUGGAUCAAAGGGAACCACGGCGCAUGUCCUGGCAACAGAGAAGACCGGUCUCGGUGCAUCAGGACUACGAAGAUGGGCAUCUUCCCCACCGAGAUGACUACGAAGGCCGUCACCAUAAUACUCGCAGUCGGCGGCAUGACGAUGACCAGAGUAGCCGAAAAUCCUACGAGGAAAGAGUGCCCAAGAGACUUACCAGCUCUGCUGACUCUGUGGCGGCCGCACCGGCAACGGGGCUUGGGACUGCUGUUCUUGCUACGGGCUAUGGGGACGAUCUUGAUUAUGACCUCACGCCUCGAAGCGACCGCCACCGCUCCCAUGACCACGGCCAUGAUCACCACGACCAUGAUCGUCAUCGGCGCCGUCAUCGAUCACGGAGACCAUCGAGACGGAGAACCGAGAGUGAAUCCGAUGGUUACACAUCCGACGAGGACUUAAAGAACUACCGUCGGGAGCCCUCAGCAGUUCGACGACGCCCUGGAGCCUCCGACUCAUCCUCAACUGGUAGCAAAGACCAAGAGUUACAGCACCUGACUGUGGAAAGGGCCCAUCGGCGCCGAUCGUCGCACUCGCGGCACCGCGGAGAGAACGGGUCGUCGAGAAGAGAGACAAGCUCACGAGGAUCAGGCAGCAGCCAGGAAGAUCUCAAGCAGACCCCUCAGAAGGACUCCGAUGUGCCACCAAAGGGGAUCCUGAAGAAGCCGCGAGAGAAGUUUCCUGAAGAACCCAAUCCAAUCCGGGAAGGAGUAGCACCGUUGAAAGAUGCGGGCAAGAAAGGAAUCCCGCCCGGGGCGCGAUGGACUAAGAUCGACCGGCGACUGGUCAAUCCAGCGGCGCUGGAGGCCGGUAAUGAGCGCUAUGAGGAGCGACCCGAGUAUGUGAUUGUCCUGCGGGUGCUGAGCAAGGAGGAGAUCCAGGCGUACGCCGUCAAGACGCAGGAGAUCCGAGAUGCCCGCUACCAGGAAUAUCUACGAGAACGGCGCAAACGCAGAGAGGAGGACCGCCUCCAUGGUCGCAGGGAUGGCAGUUCCAGCGACGACGAAGAUGAAGAUGAUGAGCCACCCCGUCGACUUGAGGGACCGACGGCCGCAGGUCAAUUGACCGCGGAGCCUAACCGGGCAUGA